UUUUUUUUACUGUACUAGCACUCCAAAUUGACAAUACCGAAACGUUACAUUUGUUGAUGCGAAUUUGUUUGUUGCAGUAAGACUAUAUUUUAAAAAUAAUAAAAAACACCCAUUGAAAUUACGAAGGAACCAUUUGAAAAUGCUAGAAGUAACUUGCAACGAUCGUCUUGGGAAGAAAGUGCGAGUAAAAUGCAACCCUGAUGAUACUGUCGGCGACCUGAAGAAGCUGAUUGCAGCGCAGACUGGCACACGAUAUGAUAAAAUCGUUCUGAAGAAAUGGUACACAGUUUUCAAGGAUCACAUCAGACUCUCAGACUAUGAAAUCCACGACGGAAUGAACUUGGAGCUCUAUUACCAAUAAAAUAUAUAUCACUCAGUUUAUGUAAUUGUAAGUGAUUAAUAAAUGUAAGAAUAUU